CUUGUUUGAAGUUUGAUUUGUGUUUAAAAACGGUAAAUAAGUGUUUAGAAGGAAUUUGAGGUUGAUUUGGGUGAUUUUGUGGUUUGUUUUUUUUGUUUACUAUUCAUGAUGAACAUAUCAAUGUGUUCUUGAGAGAAAGAAGAUAGCGUGAGAUUAGAGAGAGGGAGUGACUGAAGAGAGAUAAAGAAAAGAAAAACAAAUAGACAUUAGUGCUACUUAAUAAAUUAAUUAGGAGAAAAAUAGGAAAAUAAGGCAUUAACUACUCUUUCUUAUCCUGUGCAAUGUUGCAAACCUUAGAAAAACCCUAAUAAUAAUAAUAAUAAUAAUAAUAAUAAUAAUAAUAAUAAUAAUAAUAAAUAAAAAAAAGUGUUCGAAGUUAUUUAUGGUUAUAUUAUGUUUUGUUGGCGCGUAUAUAUAAGGAAGAUGACGAACGGUGACCAAUGCCAUCGUAACAACUCAUUCACUAUACCGUUGCGUCGGAUUCUUCAUUAUUCGAUACACUCUGACUCGUUUCUUGACUCGUUCCACUUUCCAGGGUUUCUCAUUCGUCAACCUCCCAUUUUCAGUUACCAUCUGUAGCUGCAUCCGUGUCACUCCUCGGUACAGUUGUUAGCUCAGACUUUCUAGGCCUGCUUCGAAAUUUAUAAUUUUACUGGAAAAGCAAAGGAUACAACACAAUGAAGGCAUUGAUUCUUGUUGGAGGGUUUGGAACAAGGUUGAGGCCAUUGACACUCAGUGUUCCCAAGCCUCUUGUUGAUUUUGCUAACAAGCCUAUGAUUCUGCAUCAGAUAGAGGCUCUUAAGGACAUUGGAGUUACUGAAGUGGUGCUGGCUAUCAAUUACCAACCAGAGGUGAUGCUGAAUUUUUUGAAAGAUUUUGAGGAAAAGCUCAACAUCAAAAUCACUUGCUCUCAAGAAACUGAACCAUUGGGAACUGCUGGUCCCUUGGCUCUUGCCAGAGAUAAGUUGAUAGAUGGCUCUGGCGAGCCUUUUUUUGUUCUCAACAGUGAUGUUAUCAGUGAGUAUCCACUUAAAGAAAUGAUAAAAUUCCACAAAUCCCAUGGAGGAGAGGCUUCCAUAAUGGUGACAAAGGUUGAUGAGCCAUCAAAAUAUGGUGUAGUUGUGAUGGAAGAGACCACCGGAAAGGUUGAGAAAUUUGUAGAGAAACCAAAGUUGUUUGUUGGUAACAAAAUCAAUGCUGGGAUCUACCUAUUGAACCCCUCAGUUUUGGAUCAUAUUGAACUGAGACCCACUUCUAUCGAGAAAGAGGUGUUUCCAAAGAUUGCAGCAGCGAAAAAGCUAUAUGCAAUGGUCCUACCGGGGUUCUGGAUGGACAUUGGACAACCAAGGGACUAUAUCACAGGCCUGAGACUCUACCUGAACUCACUGAGGAAGAAGACUUCUUCCAAGUUGGCCAGUGGCCCUCACAUUUUGGGGAAUGUGAUUGUGCAUGAAACAGCCAAAAUUGGUGAGGGAUGUCUCAUUGGACCUGAUGUUGCAAUUGGUCCUGGCUGUAUAAUUGAGUCAGGUGUCAGGCUUUCAAGCUGCACUGUGAUGCGAGGAGUUCGGAUUAAGAAGCAUGCUUGCAUAUCCAACAGCAUCAUUGGGUGGCAUUCAACUGUUGGGCAAUGGGCUCGUGUGGAGAAUAUGACUAUCCUUGGAGAAGAUGUCCAUGUAUGUGAUGAAGUUUACAGCAAUGGUGGUGUGGUUUUGCCCCAUAAGGAGAUCAAAACAAGCAUUCUGAAUCCAGAGAUAGUCAUGUGAAGUUACUGCCUUCCAAAUUCUUUGCAUGUGAUGCGUUUUGGAGGUACUAAGUUCUUGAGUCUGAAAUGAAAUGUGUAUUCCUUUCGUUGGAUUUCCUUUUAUUAUUAUUAUUAUUAUUAUUGUUCACAAUCCUCCUUCCCCGCACAUUGUACAAGUCAGUUUCGUUUAUAGUAAGUGAUGCAUAAUUUAUAAAUUUGAAAGGUCAGUGUCUAUGUAAAGGGCAUAAAUUUGCUCUUUUGUUUCAAAGUGGUGUAACUUUUGGUGUUUAUGUACAUAAAUUUCUAUGAUUGUUUGAGGGUCACAAAAUUGGGAUUCUUUGACAGCUAAAUUUCCUUAUCAUGAUGGAUUUGUGGUUU